CUUAGCCAAUCAUAGCUGCUGUUACAAGCAUUGUCAGCGUCCUUCAUCUUUAAACCAAUCAGCGACGGCCGUAGCAUUAAGGAAAACGAAUAGAGGAUUUCCAAGAUGGUGCUCGAAAGUACUAUGGUCUGUGUGGACAACAGUGAAUACAUGAGGAAUGGAGACUUUCUGCCUACUAGAUUACAGGCACAGCAGGAUGCUGUCAACAUUGUGUGUCACUCAAAGACCCGAAGCAAUCCGGAAAACAACGUGGGUCUGAUCACUAUGGCCAACAACUGCGAGGUCCUCACCACUUUAACACCAGACACUGGGCGCAUACUCUCAAAGCUCCACGCCGUGCAGCCGCAGGGCACCAUCUCAUUCUGCACCGGCAUACGGGUGGCACACUUGGCACUCAAGCAUCGGCAAGGCAAGAACCACAAGGUGAGGAUUGUUGCUUUUGUGGGCAGCCCAGUGGAGGACAAUGAAAAAGACCUCGUGAAGUUGGCAAAACGAUUGAAAAAGGAGAAGGUCAAUGUAGAUGUGGUCAAUUUUGGAGAAGAGGAGGCGAACACAGAGAAACUGACUGCUUUUGUGAACACUCUGAAUGGAAAGGAGGGCACAGGUUCUCACCUGGUCACGGUUCCUCCUGGGCCCAGUCUUGCUGAUGCUCUGCUCUCUUCUCCCAUUCUUGCUGGUGAGGGUGGCACCAUGAUGGGCCUGGGUGCGAGCGACUUUGAGUUUGGUGUGGACCCCAGUGCUGACCCAGAGCUGGCCCUAGCUCUUCGUGUGUCCAUGGAAGAGCAAAGACAGAGACAAGAAGAAGAAUCUCGUAGGGCGGCUGUCCAAUCAACAGAUGAGGGUGGGAUUUCAGCCUCUGCAGCAGAUGAAUCAGAAGAGGUUCUUUUGAAGAUGUCUGCCUCUCAACCGGAGAUCGGCAUGGCUGCACUUCCAGACUUCAGCAGCAUGACCGAGGAUGAGCAGAUAGCAUAUGCCAUGCAGAUGUCUCUGGCAGGUGGAGCUGAAUCGAUGGACACCGGCGCGCCAGUGGAUACUGCUGAAUCUAAGGAGGAGGAGGAUUACGAUGUAAUGCAAGACCCAGAGUUCCUCCAGAGCGUUCUGGAGAACCUACCUGGUGUUGACCCCAACAAUGAGGCCAUCCGUAACGCCAUGGGUUCCCUGGCUUCUCAGAGCGGAAAUAAACAAGAGGGGAAGAAGCACGAAGAGAAGAAGAAAUAGAUUUAACAGCGCGAUGUAAAUGAUUGUGAUUAAUGUAAAAGCCAUUUGACAUGUGCAAAGCAAAAUAAGUAAAAUUCUAAUGGCCAGCAGAAGUCCUUAUGAAAACCAGUUGUUUGGAACAAUUUUAGAUGCGUACUGUAUUAAGACACUGAGACGUUCUAUACCAAAUUACUGCAAUGUUGUGUGGUACCUCAAAAAUUCACACAUGGCUUGCUGAUGGUCUUUCCCCCUUAUGCUUUGUGCACAAUUAAAUAUUUGAUUAACAGAUGCAAAACGUUAUCUGAACACCUUUUACUGUUUUUCUACUGCCAUUAAAACAUGGUCAAAUCUUC